ACCGUGAUACAUUUUCUAUGUGUUUUCCAACCUCAAUCUGUCAGAAUUAUUCAUACUGCUAAAAGUAAACAAUCCAAGUUUGAAAUCCGAAAAAUGAAUGAAUUCCAAAAUUUGUAUGAAACAAUCAAAGAAACUACCGUUACAAUCGAAGAUGAAGUAUGCUCAACUUGUACGAAGAAAUGUUUUGCUGCCAUCAAAAUAACAGACCUGGAUUAUGAUGGUAGGAGUUUUCUAGAGAAAUUGAAGGCUUGUGUUUGUCCCAGUCUGGAAGUAGACUCUGAGAAUGUUCCUAAAAUAUGCCGGCCUUGUAUAACUACUUUAAACUUAUCCUUCAAAUUCAGAAAAACGGCGUUGCAUUCUUUGAGAUCACUGAAAUAUAUCUCAGGAAGAGCUGAGGACAACAAUCAAGAAUUGGACGAAAUCAAAGAUGAGCCUGACUAUUCAGAGGACGAAUUAUCUCUCUCAAACGACAAUGAAUUUAUAACAAAUGAAUUACAAAAUGCAGUGUUUCUGAUAUCUCAAAUGGAAAGUGAAAAUAAAAAGAAUGAGCUGGAACUUUCAUGUGAGCGUUGUUCUAUAAAUUUUGGGAAAAAAUCUGAAUAUGAUUAUCAUAUGUCUCAAGUUCAUGAAAAAAAUAUAUCUUGUGAAAUUUGUGGAAAAGCAUUCAGAACAACAUAUAAACUCAAGCAUCAUAUGGCAUCGCACAUUGGAGAGAAAAGUUAUAGUUGUACAAAUUGUGAUAAAUCAUUCACUCGAAUGUCUUCUUUGAAGCGGCAUAUGAAAGCCCAUUAUGCACCUCCAGGACAAAAAUCUAAAAAGACCCCUUUCCUUUGCAACAUUUGUGGUAAAAACUUUCCGUUUUCUAAUGGGGCAACUAGACAUAUGAGAAUUCACUUUGGCAUUAAAACACACGAAUGUGAAAUAUGCCAUAGACAAUUCAACCAGUCCACUCAUCUACAAGUUCACAUGAGAACGCACAGUGGAGAAAAGCCUUAUAUUUGUGAAAUUUGUGGUGACUCUUUCUCUCUAAGGGCAGGCCUCCUUAAACAUAGUAGGGCCAAACAUAAAGAGGAUGGAAAAAAUGAAACUACUUUGGAAAAUGCAGUUUUUUCUAAUUAAUUCAAUCAUUUUUGCUGGGGAGAAUUAUCAGACUUUUCAGUGAGUGUAAAUGAAUGGAAUACGUUUUCUAAGCCAUUGUUUUCUUGUAGUCACCAGUGUGUAUGUUAAGAUUUCAAUCAGUUAAAGUUAGAACGUAACCAAUUCUUGAUGUUAUUCUAGAGAGAAAACUUCCAUUUAAACAUCUAAAUUUAGUGAAAUUUCUAAUAAUUGUUUGGAAAUUGAGACUUACAGAACUAAGGGUAUGGUCCGGUAGUAACUGGGACGGACCGACCAUAUUUCUAUAAUUCCUGAAAAAUCAGUGAAUUUCUGGUUACCAUCUGUCACCAGAGCAACCAUACUUUUAUUCUGGUGAGUUUGAUUACCAUUUGAACUAUACAAUAUUCGUCAAAAAUUUCCUUUGAAAGCAAAAAAGCUAGUUCUGAAGAAAAACUACUUGAAUCAAAUAUUUAUUUUACUUCAAUUUAGUGCUUAUUAUUUCACGCAAAUGAUGCACUGCUUUUUUAUUUAUGAAUGAAUAAACUUUAUAUUUCAAAAUACUGCUUCGCCAAAAAAAAAAAUGUUGACGAAGCAGAUUAUAUGAAAUAUUUAAAAGGGAUUUGUAUGACGGAAAAAUACGGACCAUACCUCAAAUUGGUGAAAUUUGAUACAAGGACCAAAAGUAAAAUGUAAGAAAGGGCCUACCAUUCUUCAAUAUUCCAUUUAGUUUUUUUACUUGAUGGUAUUUAAAUAUUUGUUGAUGUAUCUUUAUAAGAAUUUCAAUGUUUUCCCUAAUUUGACUUGUGAUAUCUAUAAUUUAUUGUUGUAAAUAUAUUAAUUAGAAACUA